AACCCGAAACAAAUCAGUGCAGGUUGAUAUCACAGUUAACGCACUUGAGAACCGGAGAGAGAGAAGCAGCCUUGGAUGGCGGAACCCUACGACCCAUACGCUCCUUCCACCGCCGCUCCCGCUGACGGAGCAAGCAUUGCGAGGAGUAGCUUUGCUGGUUACAUUCCAUCUGAGCCAGCAUCCUUGGCUUCGCCUUAUCCUCGUUUCUCGAAUUCGGCUGAAUUGCGCGGAAUCGGAGCAGAUUACCUACAGAAUGAUAUAAACUUGUCGAGGGUGGGGCCGUAUAGUAGUGUUGAUGAUGCUGUUAGCUCCAGAGUUCUUUCUGAACCUAACAUCAAGGGUUAUUCGCCUCUUGACGAUCCUGUUCUGAGGACGAAACGGGAUACUUCAUUGGGCGUUAAUCCUGAUGUGAGCAGUGAAAGGCCAAUCCCUAAAGCCAAUCGCGAAGGUCUUGCGGAUUCAAACGUUCUAUUUGUGGAUGGUCUUCCGAGAGACUGCACUAGAAGGGAAGUUGGCCAUCUUUUCCGUCCCUUUAUUGGCUAUAAGGAUAUCAGAGUUGUUCACAAAGAGCCUAGACGUAGUGGAGACAAGGCUAUGGUUUUGUGUUUUGUAGAGUUUGAUGACUCCAAAUGUGCUCUCACUGCCAUGGAAGCUCUACAAGGCUACAAGUUUGAUGAUAAAAAACCAGAUUCACGGACCUUAAAAAUCCAGUUUGCGCACUUUCCUUUCCGCCCGCCAGCUGAUAACGGGACAACUACAACUUAACAGUGUGACACACUUAGCUGGAACUGCACUUCUGGGGUGAGAAUUUGUUUGAUGCUGCUCAAAUGAACUCCAUCCGGUGUGAAGUUUGCUUUAAGAUCCAAAAUUUUAGAGAGCUUGGCUUGGCUUGUUGAGUAUAGAAAUAUAUGGACUCAUAAAUUGAUUUCUGGCAACAAACCAAAGUUUUAAUCUAGAACCUAGUUGUAAUUUUCAUGACCUCAGGCUGACUGGCUGUGUACAUUUGAGUUUUGACCCGCUGUAGAACGGUGGGUGUUGUGUAAAGAUAAUAGGCAUUAGUUCUAUGUUUUCUGGUAUCGUUUUGUUCGUUACAUCAUAAAUCCUGAUCCGUUUCUCUGA